AUGCCUGCCAAGAAGAGCUCCGGCGAGGAUGGUUCCCCCACUGGCCUCACUGAUGGUGAACUUCGAUUCAUCAAGGCUAUCUUUGACAAUAUGACCCAGAAGCCCGAUGCCGACUGGGACGCCGUCGCUCAGACCCUCAGCCUCAAGGACGCCAAAUGCGCCAAGGAACGUUUCCGCCAGAUGUCGGUCCGCCAUGGCUGGCGCGGCGACUCUGCCACUGCUAGCCCUCGCAAGGGUCCUGCUGCCACGGCUGGAGACAAGGUCACCAAGAAGCCUCGCGCUCCUCGCACCCCCCGCAAGCCCGCCGCCAAGAAGGUGGCCAAGAAGACUGAGCCUGAGGACGACGAUGAAGAUGACGAGGAUGUCAAGGAUGAGGUCAAGCCCGAGAGCAAGAAUGUCAAGUCUGAGAAUGAGGAUGAGGAUAUGGAUUAA